AUGCAUCAAGAAGUUGGCCUUUUGAACUCAGAACAACAUUCUACGAAAGCCUCGCGCCGAAAUACCACAGGCGUCUAUGUGAGAUGGAUUCAUAGCUCUGCAGCCCUCGCCAUCAAGCAGUCCAAGUAUCCGCACCGCAUGCUACCUGACCACUCUUUGCUUCCUUCGACCUUACGACUUGGCCCUGAAGCAACUCUUGUGGCCAAGCCUCUCCUGGCCAACCUUUCUGGUCCCGGAAGUCCAUGUCCUUCACCUCCUUCCGGCACCCGACGAUGUUUGCCUAGCCGAUCUCCUCCAACAUCAACACCAGCCCCGACAUCUACAUUUCUGCAAAGCUUAUUGUAUCACCAAGAAUGGGCAUUUGACUUCCACUUACCCGAGUUCACCGUUAUGCCGAUUGGCAACUACGGCAUAUACCAAGUCAAUCGUCUGCGAGACACUGCAAUCUCACCAAUCGUGAAUGCACCCAACCGCCAUUCUGACAACAAAGCACAGUAUUUAGACUCCAGAUCCACAGGAAAUGACUUUGCGUACGACAGCGACAUUAUCGAUUUAGAAGACCUUGAUGACGCUGGCUACGUGGUCGGAGAUUCUUCACUCAACUGUCUGCGAGAAACUGGACUCUCGCUGACCUUGAAUCCACCCAACAGCCAUUCUGACGACGAACCACAAGACCCAGACUCCAGAUCCGAAGGAAAUGACCUCGAAGCUCAAUGUUGCCUACAUUGCCUACAACGAUUCCGACGCAGGUCUUUGACAUAUGGAUCAUACGCCAUAUACCAUGUGAAUCGUCUGCGAGAGAUACUGGACUCUCACAGCUCUUCUACAUAUCCAGCAGCCAUUCUGACCACGAGCCACAGUUACUCCGGAUCCGAAGGAAAUGACUUCGAGUACGACAGCGGGAGCAUAGACAUAGAAGAGCUUGAUGACGCUGACUAUGGGGUCGAUGGUAAUGCUCACACCGAUUCCGACGCAGAUCUUCGACGUCUGGAUCAAUUCGCGAAGCCGGGACCCAUAGCAAAUUCGUCCGACUCCUCCGACGUCAACUCAACUCACCCUAUCCAGGCGGGUCAACGCACCAACUCAUCAAUCAUAUUAACGCAUACUAUGCGAAACAGCACAUCAUUCACAACGAGCACCAUUGCAGGCAUGGGGAGAAAGUCGGGGAAGCGCAAAAUCCGCCUUUCUCCACACCGACUGCUUACACCUGCGAGGAGCGACUGUUCCUGUGUCGGGAAUUCCAUCGAGAAAGAGAAAGAGAAAGAGAUGUGUUCUCUCUGCUUCAUUCUGUUUGUCUUUUUGGGAUUCUGGCUUCCGCGGUAUAUCGACCAGACUUUACCGUGGAAUCUCGGCAUUCUUUUCUUUCUCGACGCGCGGUCGUGCAUUCCACGCGGCAUCGACAUGCCGAAACACUUCAUACAAAAUCAGCACCCCACUGCUGACUUCCAUCACUUUCCCGCAGACCCAGCUGCUACCAUGGCCAACGCCGACACCAACGCCAACGUCAACGCCAACGCCAACGUCAACGCCAACGCCAACGUCAACGCCAACGCUACCAUCUUCAACACUCCAUACCUCGAUGAUUCGGGCGACAUUGUCUGCAACGAAGUCGAAAAGAGCUAUGCCAAUCUGUCCCAUGAGCGUCUCCAGUCGGGCCAGGCUUCUCGCAUCAUCUGGCCAGCCGCCAUUCAAGACAAGCUCUACAGAUUCUGCAUUCUCAACGCCAUCACAGCGAAAGCCCUCCCACAAAGCGCCAAGCAGGCCAUGGCUCUGCUGAAAGCCAUCAACUUUGAGACACCAGACACGGCGGUUUCUCGCCAGCUCAUCAACAAAGUCCUCACCUGGAUCAAGUCGCACAUGACUAUCACCAAGCUCAUCGGAGUUUUCGAGGAAGAAUUGGUGGGUCCCGACUCGAACCCGCCAAGUGGUGUGCGAGUUCGUUUCCGUCGUGCCGUGCUCAUAGCUCUCGAGCGUCCAGGCUCUGAAAUCAGCAUCACCAAGGAGCUCGCUCGCGGACCAAACAAGGCCUCGAUUGACUGGCGCCUCUUCCUGGCCGAGAACCCUGUUCCUGAUGGGGCCGCUUUCAGCUGGAACGAUUGGCAGGAGAAGGCACACCGCAGCAGCAAAGCGGUCGCCGAUGGCUUGAUUGCGCUCAAGAAGAAGCUCUUUGGAGCAAGCAGCAUUCCCGGUAUUGCCAAGGCACCUGAUGGAGCGGCCACGGCAGCAGCUGCUGCCCCAAAGACCGCUGCAUCGGAUGCCUUCACCCGCAAAUUUGUCGACAUCGCCUUGGCGGCAAACAAGCACGAUCCCACCAUGACUCGCGAUUACCUCACCGGCUACAUCAACACCGAAGAUGGAAUGCGCUGGGUCAAGGCCAUCUUCGACGCCAAUGCCAUAGCCACGAGCGAGAAGCUCCGCGUGUCAGAGGCAGAGCGGAAGGCAUUGACCGAAGAGCGGGACAACCUCCGCCGCUUGCAAGCCGAUGCUGGAGGUAGCAGCAACACUCUCCGCCAAUCUGCCGCGCGAGCCCAGGCGCAGGCCGACAAGACCGAGCAGGACAACAAGCGCUUGAGCGAGCAGUUGGCUGCAGCUCAUCGCGGCAUGGAGAAAUCGCGCAAGGAAGCGGAGCAGAAGGCUGCCGAGCUGCGUCACGCUGACAAGUCCAAGCAAGAUCAGCUUCGUACUCUCCAGCUGCGUAUCGAUGAGCUCGAGAAGGCCAACGCUGCAGCAGAGGGCCCCAGACUCGACUUGCAAUUUGAGAAGUCCAAGAACGACUAUCUCUCAUCCACCAUCAACGACCUCCGCCAGCAAAUCCACGACUUGACCAAGCGUCUCGAGCAGCAGCAACAGCAGCCUACGAACCACCAACACCCAAGAGUUUCCUCUGCUACUCGCGACGAAUUGGAGAACGCUUACUCCAGCCCAUCUUUCAUUACGUCACGAUUCAAGGACAAGGACAACACCACUGGCUAUCCCUGGAGCUACGGCUACGGCCCCAUCACCCCACCACCAGGCCCAGAGCGUCAUCGUCCAGAGAUGGUCCAGUUUCAAUCCCCUCUCGUUGAUGCAUCCAACUAUUACAACAAAUCUUCCCACCCAGCUCCAACUCCUCGUCAACCAGCAAGCGGCCGAUUCGCCACGACUCCCAUGCCGAAUUUCCAGGUCCCAUUCCCGUACUUUUCCGACGAUGAUGUUCGAGCUGCGGAUCAGAUUAUUGCGGAGAUAAGGGAUGAUAGGAGAUGGGAGAUAGGAGAGAAUAGGAGAUGGGAGACAGGGGAGGAAACUGGUUAA